CUUUACUAUCUCCAACUAUGUUGAUAAUGAUUCAGAUGAUAAUAUUUCUGAAGAAGAAGAUAUGUUGUUCAGUGAUAUUCUAUUUCAGAGAGAACGUGAGGAUGAUGAGGAUCGAUUUGAUGAUAAUGAUGAUGAUACUGAUGAUGUAGAGUGUGAUGACAUAGGUGAGGAGGAUGAGGAAGAACAAAACGUACACAAAAUUGAUGAUUGGCAGUUGAUUAGAGGGAUAGAUGGAGGACCUUCAAAUCCCGAUUUACUUAUCGAUUUUCGCGCUCAUGUUGCACACUACAUAUGGAUUGGUCGGGAUCGAGGUUUGUUGACAUGCCACAAUCGAAGUGACCAGUUGUCUUCGUGGACUAUAGAACAAGAUGAUGUUAAACUUCUGCUUGCAAAAUACAAUUAAAACAUUUAUCAACUUGUAUGUUUGAGCACGUAAACCUGCCUCUGAUUUCAGCUUUCGUUGAGAGAUGGCAUCCUGAAACAAAUUCAUUUCACAUGCCAUUUGGAGAAAUGACCAUCACUCUUCAUGAUGUAUCUUAUAUACUCAAUGUACCUGUAGUGGAUAACCCUCUAAUUACUAAGAAUA